AUGGAGUUGUUUCUAGAUGAGAUUUUGACAUCGAAUUUGCACUUGGGGUUUCAUGUCUCUAAGUCAGGUAAAAACAGUAAACAUUUCAGAUUUCAUGAGUCACAUCUCCAAUCUCGAAUGCUCGAAUUCAUUGUCACGGUUGCUAACAUCGUGGCUGUUGCAGACUUGCAUCGCACUACACGAAAUCAAUAUUGGAUUGCCACCAAAUCUUUAUGUACCUCAAGUCAUCCUAUACUUGAAUCCACCAUUCUUAAACACCGGUUCAAAAACUGGCAAGAAGAAAGAACUUAUAAGCUAACAGCAAGGACUUUUGCACAAGCUAUCAGCUUUUGGCCCAACAGAAGAGUCCAACUCUGGCUAGAAAAGAUAGGUGUUGUUGAACCCUUCACAGGAAACCUCUCCACUUGUUGGAAAAACAUCAAAGAAAUAUUGGAGGCACAAGGACGAACUACAAAGGAAAGGCCAUUAAGUUCCACUAGAACAAUAUCAUUUGGCUAG